AUGGCGCAUCCGAGAGCUCGCGCACGUCAGCAACCAAGUAGCUAUGGGACGUUCAGGGAACGAGAGCUUUUUAGAUACAUCCCUCCUCAUCAUCUACAAGCCCACCCUCUACCUCACAUCGAUCGAGACAUCCGAUCCACCUCCUUUGCCGCUCGAUCUUCAUGGGACCCCGCUCUGACCUCCUUCGCUCAGCUGGGUACGCUACGCCUGAAUGCUAAACGAACGUUGAUUUCAUUAUUCGGUCGGAAUGAACAGGUCGUGCUCGCCGAGGCUACCCAGACUUUGAAUCUUCAGGAUGAUGGCAGCCAUAAUGCCCGUCAGGGAUUGUGGGUCGGAUGCUGUACAAUGUCUUACGAGCGUAGUCUCUGCAAGUCCUUGUUGAAUCACUCGCAAGUCAUCGAAAAUAAACCUCAACCGCUCGUUGUGCUCGACAUGACCCAACACGAAGAGUUCAAGGACCAUUUGGAUGUGAAGAAUAACCCUCAUAUACGAUUCAUGGCCUGUAGCCCGAUUAUUAGCCCCAAAGGAAUCGUGAUUGGUGCUUAUACAGUUUUGGAUGACAAACCACAUGACCCAUUGGAUGCCAACACGUCGAAGUUCCUGGUCGAUAUUGCCCACACGGUGAUGGAUCACUUGGACGCCACUCGAUCUCGACAUGAACAUCGCCGAGGCGAGCGCAUGAUAGUCGGGUUGGGGAGUUUCCUGGAGGGCAAAGGCUCUUUGCGCAAUUCCUGGAUCAAUGCGAACGAGACCUUUCUGACUCCUUCUCCAGGCGAGGAUAACGAAUUGGAGGGCCAUGUCAAUCAAGAGCAACAACAGAAGCAGAUUUCCGAGUAUGCAGCCCCGAACGCCAAGUAUCACGAUGGUCAAGCCUUUGGAGAGUUCCGCCCACAGAACUUCAACACCAACCAGACCGGGAAAGCCCCAACACAAGCACAUCAGGAGCGGCCAUUGGCCGGUUUAGAUACAGGUACAAGAGACUAUUUCCACGCUCGGCCCCGGAAUAGACGUGCAUCUCAUAGGACCACGGCACCGAACCACAGAGAUACUCUCAAGAAACCCCCGAGGGACAGCUAUUCCUCCAAGGUGAAAGAAACAUUUUCCCGUGCAGCCAACAUUGUUCGUGAAAGUAUUGAGGUCGAGGCUGUUGUUUUCUUCGACGCCAAUUUUGGCUCUCCGGACGCUUUGGUAAAUGCUUCCAAUUUCGACUCCGAGAGUGGCGCAAGCUGUAUGGAAAGUAACUCUUCAAGCGAGGAGGAAGCCAAACGCUGUGGGUUUCCCCCCGAGCGGGAUAUAUCCAGCGACCCGCAACCUAAUCAUUGCGGAAUGUCCACGGUAAAUCCAUGCAAGAUGCUCGGAUUCGCCACCUCGGAUGUUUCUAGCGUCAGCAAGGAGUAUAUGUUUGAUAAAAAAGUCGCCAUAUCCGAGAACUUCCUUGGGCAGCUUUCCCGUCGAUACCCUCGGGGUAAAAUCUUUAAUUUUAGCGAAGAUGGAACCCUUUCAUCCGAUGAUACCAGUGAAGGUGGCUCCUCGUACAGUGGUGGCAAAAAGUUCAAGAAAACUCGGAGAGCCUACCUACGUCAGGAUGCUGUGACGCUUUUGCAGCUUGCUCCUCGUGCCCGAAGUAUUGCUUUCUCGCCGCUGUGGGAUUCACAUAAAGGGCGGUGGUACUCAGGCUGUCUGACAUGGACGAGAGCCCCUCAUCGUGUUCUAACCUCCCAAGAUGAGCUAGCCUUCUUAUUUGCGAUUGGGCAUAGUGUCAUGGCCGAAGUUCAUCGACUCGGUGCUUUGUUGACAGAGCGGGCGAAGUCAGAUUUGCUGGCCGGAAUCAGCCAUGAACUUCGAUCGCCUCUUCAUGGUAUUUUUGGCACGGUGGAUAUUUUGAACGAUACCGUCAUUGAUGUUCUACAACGUGGGUUGGUGCAUACAAUCUCAUCCUGUGCCUAUACACUACUUGGCUCCAUAGACCAACUUCUCGAGUAUGCCAGCAUCAACGACGUUCGUCCAAGGCCUUCCAAAUUUGAAGUUCAAGAUGCCUCCAACGUUGGUGCUACGCAACCUUCACAGAUCGGAAAGGUUGAUAAGGAUUCUGUCGUUCAGCUGGAUGCUGCUGUGGAGGAUGCAAUCGAAACGGUCUUUGCAGGGUAUUCAUUUUUCAAGACUCCAACUACCCCGCUCUGGACGGCCCAUGCCUCGAAUCCUUUCGACUUCAAGGGAGGAGUUAAAGUCAUCCUUGAUAUUGAAUGUGCUCAAAACCUCAAGUUUGCAACCCGCCCUGGGGCAUGGCAUGUAAUUUUGACAAAUUUCUUCGGUAAUGCCUUGAAGUUCACCGACGAGGGCUUCAUUUAUGUUUCUCUGAAGGCCAUUCCAGUGAAAUUCAACGCAAUCGGCCAACCUACGCAGUCAAAGGUCACCCUCUGUAUCAAGGACACUGGAUGCGGUAUGAAAGAAGAAUUCUUGCGAAACGAGUUAUUUACUGCCUUUUCCAAAGAAGACAAACUAUCGCCUGGCAAUGGUCUGGGAAUCAACAUUGUGAAUCGGAUCGUAUCAUCGCUUGGCGGUGAAAUUGAAAUUAGCUCCCAGAAAGGCGUCGGGACAGAGGUUGUAACAACAGUCAUCCUUGAUCAUAUUCUUGAGCGAAUUUCCCUCGGCAGCCUACAUGAUGCCUCACUCCCUUGGUCCACAAGGAGUCUCGUGAAGCAGAAAACCAUGGGUAUCUUGCUUCACACGUCUUCCGAUGGGGAUGCGGCCUUGCUAUCAUCCAUACACAAGCUGUGCCAAGACUGGUUCCAAAUGAGAGUUGAGUUAAUUGAACCAUCGAAAAUGCAACUCAGCCAUUGUGACUUUUACGUUUCCCUUCAUCAGUCUUCGACAACAGGAAUACACGAGAGCAUGCUUAUGCGCCCUCGCUCGACUAAACGAUUGCCCCCGCCUGUCAUCAUCAUAUGCUUAUCUCCAAGGAUUGCGCAUACCUUGGCAUCCCAGGAUCAAAGGGAACCAGGCGUCUUUGAGUUUAUCAGCCAGCCAUGUGGACCGUACAAAUUGGCAAAAACAUUGGAAAGUUGUCUUCAGCGCCAGCAGCUACGUCGAGACUCAUUAGCCGCAAAACGACGAGGAUCAACAGCUCCAAAGCCCGAAGAGCUUGAAAGCCAAUCGAAUGGGCAAUCGCAGAGAGAUUCGAUUCCGAUACUCAGCGCGGGUCCUGUUCGACCACCGGGGCCACUGCAGAUGCCCACAGAGUCGCCUACUGAACCUAUUGUGACACCGGCUUUGUCUGUCCCUGCGGGUCUAGAUUUGGACAUUCAACCGGAAGAUUACAUGGCCGUCCACUCACAAGUCAUUUCUCCGAGGACUAUUCUUCUCGCGGAUGAUAACGAGAUCAAUCUCAAAAUCCUGGUAGCAUUCAUGAAGAAGCUGGGAUACAGUUAUGCCAUCGCACACAAUGGGCAAGAAGCCCUCGACAUCUUCAAGCAAAAUGCACAAAACAUCGAAAUCAUUCUCAUGGAUAUUUCAAUGCCCAUCAUGGAUGGCAUUGAAUCGACCCGACGCAUCCGCGAGUUCGAAAAAACACUGGAGAACAAGAGACGCACCCUGAUCCUUGCGUUGACUGGUGUCGCCCAAGCUGAAACGGAACGCGAUGCCAUCGGGUCGGGUAUGGAUGCAUUCCUAACCAAGCCUGCACGAUUGAAUGGGUUACGGCCAAUUAUUAAGGAGAGAUUGCCUCAGACUUGA